GAAGUGCGUGUGACCGCCGCUGCUUGACGCCGCGGGUUAAAGCUGCUCUCCCUCUGCCUCGUUUAGCAGCGAGAACAGUUCAACCGACUGUCACUUUAUCCCUUUUAAAAGAACACUAUGAAUCAAGAGAAGCUCGCCAAACUCCAGGCACAGGUCCGGAUAGGUGGAAAGGGAACGGCCCGCAGGAAGAAAAAGGUUGUUCACAAAACUGCGACAGCUGAUGACAAAAAGCUCCAGGGCUCACUGAAGAAACUGGCAGUGAACAACAUCGCAGGGAUAGAAGAGGUGAAUAUGAUAAAAGAUGAUGGGACAGUGAUCCACUUCAACAACCCCAAAGUGCAGGCGUCUCUGUCUGCCAACACCUUCGCCAUCACGGGCCACGCCGAGACCAAGCAGCUGACAGAGAUGCUGCCGGGCAUCCUGAGCCAGCUGGGAGCCGACAGCCUCAGCAGCCUGCGCAAGCUGGCCGAGCAGUUCCCACGGCAAUCGAUGGACAUGAAAGCAGUGAAGGAGGAGAUUGCAGAAGAAGAGGACGACGAUGUACCAGAUCUUGUGGAGAACUUUGACGAAGCCUCAAAGAACGAAGCAAACUGAUGAAUCUGUUUACUUGUUUUUUUUCUUUUUCUCCUCCUCCGUCAACCGUUUUAUUUUUUACCUCCUUGCGGACUCACAAAGGGCAUUUCCUCUUGUGGGGGAAACGGUUGUUAAAGGUGCAGCGCAUCAUCUCUGGAGACAUGAACCACUUCGGUUUAGCCUGCCCACACAACAGCACAACAACAACAACAUGCAGACACAGUAGGUUUUCAUUUCAGUAGGCCGUGGACACACCAAGAAACAAGGACUCAACUUCUUUAGAAACAAGCUUUCUACAUGGUUAAACAUGGCUAGUAUUUAAGAGAUUGUAUAUUAAAUUACAAUUGAAGUGAAUGAAGAAUUCACUUUACAUUAUAGUGGUGAUUUAUGAAUUUAAUAAAACAUUUUUGGGCUACUGAU